CACUCCUUUUCUAAAUUUUUUUUAACUCUGUUUCCUUCUGUAUCAUUGUCUCUGGCUCUGGCUCUGGCUCUGGCUCUGGCUCUCUUCAAUGGCAACUUCUUCAGCCAAACCCACACCACUCUUGAAAGAUGAGUUGGAUAUUGUAAUCCCCACCAUUCGAAACCUUGACUUCUUGGAGAUGUGGAGACCCUUUUUCGAGCAAUACCAUUUGAUCAUCGUCCAAGAUGGUGACCCUUCAAGGACCAUCAGGGUUCCUGAUGGCUUUGAUUAUGAGCUGUUUAACAGGAACGACAUUAAUAAGAUUUUGGGUCCAAAGGCUUCUUGCAUUUCCUUCAAGGACUCUGCUUGUAGAUGCUUUGGCUACCUUGUUUCCAAGAAAAAAUACAUCUUUACCAUUGAUGAUGAUUGCUUUGUUGCCAAAGACCCAUCUGGGAAAGAUAUCAAUGCGCUUGAGCAGCACAUUAAGAACCUCUUAACACCAUCCACUCCACACUUCUUUAACACACUCUAUGAUCCAUACAGAGAAGGUGCAGACUUUGUCCGUGGUUACCCUUUUAGUCUCCGAGAGGGUGUCCCUACUGCUGUUUCCCAUGGGUUGUGGCUCAACAUCCCUGAUUACGAUGCGCCAACUCAGCUUGUCAAGCCUCGUGAGAGAAAUACUAGGUAUGUUGACGCAGUCAUGACAGUUCCUAAGGGAACUCUUUUCCCAAUGUGUGGUAUGAAUCUGGCAUUCGACCGGGAACUCAUCGGACCUGCAAUGUACUUUGGACUGAUGGGUGAUGGACAGCCAAUUGGAAGAUAUGAUGAUAUGUGGGCUGGUUGGUGCGUGAAGGUUAUAUGUGACCACUUAGGAUUGGGAGUCAAGACUGGUCUACCCUACAUUUGGCACAGCAAAGCCAGCAACCCAUUUGUUAACCUCAAAAAGGAGUACAAUGGCAUCUUUUGGCAAGAAAGAGCAAUCCCAUUCUUCCAAUCUCUAGCCAUUCCAAAGGAUUGUACUACUGUUCAAAAAUGUUAUCGUGCACUUGCAGAUCAGGUCAAGACCAAGCUUGGCGAAGUGGAUCCCUACUUCAUUAAGCUAGCUGAUGCCAUGGUUACAUGGAUUGAAGCCUGGGAUGAGGUCAAUUACCCUGGAGGAAAACCUGCAAAGCAAUCCAAUGGCACCUCUAAGUCUAAGUAGAAGUUUGAUUUGUGUCCUUUUGUCUUAGAUAUGGUGACAACUUUGGUUAUUAUCAUUACUAUCAUACGGUAUUGCUUUACAUCAGUUCUCUCUUGAUGAAAUGUAUCUCUCUUUAAAGUUUAAUACAAUAAG